AUGGUGCAAUGUGAAAUAGCUGAGCCUAAAAUGACAUAUACAUGUUCUAAUGCACAAAAUAAAUAUAUAAUACAUAUUAAUCAAAAAGGUCAAAUGGAAAACAUUCAAGACAAAAAUCUCGGUACUCUACAACCUGUUAGUCAAGAAGUAAAAUUCACAAAUACUAAUCUACCAUUGCCAUUACCAGCACAUUUCAAAAUUGAACCCGACAAUGUUGUUAUGCAACCAAAUGCGAAUUCAUCAGUACAAUUUAUCUAUUAUCCAGUCGAUUUACGACCAUUUAAUGCUAAGGUUGAAAGUUACUGUUCUAUUUUAAAUUAUAUUGUUUCACUUACUCAUAAUCAAAAAACAUUCGUUAAUAAAUCUCUUACCAUCAUUUGGAAUAUAUUAUGUGAAGCAAGUAAAUCACAAACAACAAUUGCCAGUAUUGUUAAUCAAAUUCUUCAUCUUCUUCAUAUUCUUAAUGAACAAAAGAAUUGGUCAUCUAUUCAAGAAUCUUAUUAUCAACAUUAUACGAAACCAAGUUGGAAAACUAUGCUCAUAUUUAUUUCAACUAUUGGUUGCAAUAAUGAAAUUAUUCCAUAUAUUAAUAAAUUAGAAAAUGCCCAUGAAGAAGAAACUAUGGCCAAUAUAAUUUUAGAAAUUGGUUGCUUCAUAUCGACAAAUGAUGAAUUGAUUUCAUUUAAUAAAUAUCAAUCUUCAAUUAAAUCUCUAGAAUUGACAACGUCUUCAACUAUUAAAUUAUUAGAAAAUCUUCAGAAUAUUGUUCCACAAGAACUUCAAGAACAAAUUCAAGCAUAUUUAAUUAUUACACGUCUACCAAAUAUAAUAACAAUUAGC